AUGUUGAGCACAUUGGGCCACUUCCUGCAAUCACAAUGGUCGCCACAGUGGGGACCCAGCCCUCCUCCCUGGCCGCAGCAGCAGUUGAACUUUGGCACAGCAGCCAUGGCCGCUCAAGCCUCACCUGCCCCCCUUUGGGGUGCCCCACCCCCCCCAAGUAGCACUGCCACCCCUCUCACUCACGAGAGCUUCCUUGGCAACAUAGCUAUUUCGCCCUCUCUUCCUUCCAUGUACCCAUCCAACAUUAAUGAAACCACUUUCCAGUACUCAGUGUCUUCCUCCUCCUCCUCACCCACUCUGGACUUUGUCCUUGACAGUGGGGCCACUGAGACCGCCCUCAAAGACGCUGGUACACUCACACCCCUCUCCCCUCCCACUCAAGUUCACGGUGCUGACAGCAGCUUCACCAUCCCAUGCACACACCUCUCCACUCUCCCCUGUUCACUCUUCCCCUCUGGCAAGGUAACUGGUCUCCACAUCCCCACUCUCCGAAACAACCUCCUCUCCCACCGUGAAAUCCAAGGUGCAGGUAUCACUGCCGUCUAUCCUGGUAAUGCCACCUACUGUGACCUUUACCACACUGCCUCCGGCCGCUUCCUCCUCCGCAUACCCCUCUGCCCUCGCACUCGCCUCUACACUCUCCGCACUCCGUGGCCAUCCUCCUGCCAUGUUACCACUCGUGCGGGUACCUCCACCAGCCCUCCCCAUCUCCCUCCCUCUCCUCCCACUCCGUCUCCUCCCCACUCCUCCAUCCCUUCCUCACUCAUUCCAAUCCCCUCCACCUCCGACCAUCUCUCCCACCCCGCUGUUCUCCUACAUCACCGACUCGGCCAUCCGAAUUUUGCCGCUCUCCGCACUGCCGUCACCUCACGACUUCUUCACAGCCUCCCUCCAACGCUUCCUCCCCUUCCCUCCUCCCCAGCCCCCCCAUGCCCCUCCUGCAUCCACGGCAAACUCAAACAAUCUCCUCACCACAGCCACCCAUCCUUCGCUCCUGCACCCAUUGACCUUGUCCAUAUGGACCUCUGGGGGCCCUCUCCCACCCGCUCACGCCAAGGCCAUCGCUACAUGUUGGUUCUUGUUGACGAUCACAGCCGCUACUCCUCCAUUUUCCUCCUCCACACCAAAGACCAGGCGCCGACCAUUAUCAUUAACUGGGCAGAGCAAUGCCGCACCCACUUCAAACGUCCCAUCGGCCGCCUCCACUCUGAUGGGGGAGGCGAAUUCCUCAACCGCACUCUCUCUCACUACUGCACCACCCAUGGCAUCCAACAGACCCACACUCUUCCCCACUCCCCACAGCAGAACGGCGUUGCAGAAAGCCGCAUUCGCGAAAUCACUAAGAUCGCCCGCUGUCUCCUUGCUCACGCCUCCACCCCUCCCUCUCUCUGGGGCUAUGCCCUCCUCCAUGCUGCCCUCCUCCUCAACCUUCACUCCCAUCCCCAACACACUGCCGCUACCCCCACGGAGCUCUGGUCAGGAACCAAACCUGACGCUGCCGACCACCCCGUACUACUCCUCCCCACCACCGGACCCCCUCCCUCCUCCCACACGUCCUCUCGCUUGGGCCGACACCGUCCUCCCUCCCCUCCUCCCUCCGGCACCUCUUCUCCCACCCCUCCCCACCCCGCUUCCGCCACCUUCAUCCGCCGACGUCUACGAUCCCACUGCUCCUGCCUCCCCCGCACACUCCACGGCUCCCCCUCCCCCCUCCCCUUCCCACUCCCCUCCUCAUCCAUCACAGCAGCAGCAGCAGCAGCAGCAGCAGCAGCAGCAGCCGCAGCAGCAGCAAGGGCAGCACCAGCAGCAGCAGCAGCAGCAGCAGCAGCCGCAGCAGCCACAACAGCAACAGCAGCCGCAGCAGCAGCAGCAGCAGCAGCAGCAGCAGCAGCCGCAGCAGCAGCAGGGGUUCCAGCAGCACCAGCAGCAGCAGCGGCGCAGGGCAAUUGCCCGCUCCUCACCCUUCCUCCUCCCUCGCAUGCACACCCGCUCCCUUGA